CGGCGUGGGGGCUCGUCCUUCGCUGCGUACCCUUUACCCCCUGACCUCCGCCCAGGCGCCAGCUUGCGCGGCUCCUCGCUGAUGGAUGCUGAGCGUCGUUUCGUCGCCAGUGCCGGUUCGGCCUGCUCCUCCGCCUCGGUCUCUUCCCUCCCACCCCGCUCAAAACUAUGCGAAGAAAGUCCAGAAUCCUCCUAUGCUUUGCCCUUCUCUGGGUGCUGGGGAUCGCCUACUACAUUUAUCUGGGCAACGGGACGAGCCGGAAGGAUGAGUGGAAUGCCUUGGAUCCAAAUAAAAGAAAGGAUGGUCAGAACACCAAUGCAGAAGGAAAAACAAAGACAGUGGAGACAUUACCACCUGGGAAAGUGAAAUGGAAAGACUUCGAUCAGGAGGCUUACAUCGAGGCCACUUUAGUAAAGACUGGGCAGGAUCCAUAUGCACGGAAUAAAUUUAAUCAGCUGGAAAGUGACAAGCUGAGGAUGGAUAGAAAUAUUCCCGACACCAGGCAUGAUCAGUGUCGGCGGAAGCAGUGGAGGACUGACUUGAUAGCGACUAGCGUAAUCAUUACCUUUCACAAUGAGGCAAGAUCAGCGUUGCUGCGCACUGUUGUCAGUGUGCUUAGAAAAAGUCCACCAUAUCUUAUCAAAGAAAUCAUUUUGGUUGAUGAUUACAGUGACAACCCUGAAGACGGCACUUUGUUGUCGAAGAUUGAGAAAGUCCGAAUUCUUCGAAAUAACCGACGUGAAGGGCUAAUGCGCUCACGUGUCAGGGGAGCUGAUGCUGCACAAGCAGGCAUACUAACAUUCCUCGACAGCCAUUGCGAAUGCAAUGAACACUGGUUGGAACCGCUCCUGGAGAGGGUUGUUGAGGAUAAGACCAGAGUGGUUUCUCCAAUUAUUGAUGUCAUCAACAUGGACAACUUUCAGUACGUGGGGGCAUCUGCUGAUCUAAAAGGCGGAUUUGAUUGGAAUCUGGUCUUCAAAUGGGAUUAUAUGACUCCAGAACAGAGACGAGCUCGUCAGGGCAAUCCCAUCGGCCCCAUUAGAACACCCAUGAUAGCUGGAGGUCUCUUUGUGAUGGACAAAAGUUACUUUGAGGAGCUUGGAAAAUACGAUAUGAUGAUGGAUGUCUGGGGUGGAGAGAACUUGGAGAUUUCCUUUCGGGUAUGGCAAUGCGGAGGCAUACUUGAAAUCAUUCCCUGUAGUCGGGUUGGCCAUGUAUUCCGCAAGCAACAUCCCUAUACUUUUCCAGGAGGCAGCGGUACUGUUUUUGCAAGAAAUACACGCAGGGCAGCUGAGGUCUGGAUGGAUGAAUUCAAGAAUUUCUAUUAUGCAGCAGUGCCUUCAGCUCGCAAUGUACCAUUUGGCAACAUUCAAAGCAGAUUGGAACUGAAGAAGAAAUUGGCCUGUAAACCAUUCAAGUGGUACCUGGAAAAUGUCUAUCCUGAGCUAAGGGUUCCUGAUCAUCAAGAUAUCGCUUUUGGAGCUUUGCAGCAAGGCUCCAAUUGCCUCGAUACACUGGGUCACUUUGCAGAUGGCGUUGUAGGUGUCUAUGAAUGUCACAAUGCAGGAGGAAAUCAGGAGUGGGCACUAACAAAGGACAAGUCAGUGAAACACAUGGAUUUGUGCCUUACUGUGGUAGACCGGUCUGCCGGGUCUCUCAUCAAGCUGCAGGGCUGCAGAGACAAUGACAGCCGACAGAAGUGGGAACAAAUUGAGAACAACUCUAAACUAAGGCACGUUGGCAGCAACUUGUGUCUAGACAGUCGGAAUACCAAAAGUGGAGGACUCACUGUGGAAGCCUGCAAUCCAUCCCUUUCACAACAGUGGAAAUUCACACUUAAUUUGCAGCAGUAACACAUCUGCAUUUUGGAACUUUCAAUGUGGACAAUAUUUAAAUUGGUAAAAUCAAGUUUGCAUUCAACCAUAUACCUCGAUUUUUGAAAAAGUUCCAUAUUCCAUCUUAUCUUGAAUUACUGUAUUGAGUUCUUAAACUCAUGGGUUACUGUUUCUAUAUUUUUUCAUUUAACCAAGUUCCAUCACCCUUUUGAACUACAAUUGGACGGUACACAGAAUUUCAUCCCCACGAGAACUAUUUCAGUCUUUCUGAUGAGGAAGUUUCCAAAAUAAGGAUUUCUGUUUUAUAGGAAAUGCCCUGCACUAAUAACAAAGGUUGCUUAUGAGCACAUCAGACAUUCAUGUAUUUACAAGUGGUGGUGUCCAGUUUUGCAGUGCUUCAGAAUUUACAUGUUGUUCAGUAUUCUUACUUUUUUUGUAUUGAUCUGUCAUUCAAAUCUAAAGCUAUUGCGUUUAAUUUGCUGAUGUUCAUUUUUGUUGCGGAACAUGUAGACUCGAAAUCUCAAUGUGGAAUGGUUUUGAUAAGCCAAUGAGUAUUGUUUAAAGGCAGACAGACAGAUGUAGGGAAGUGGAACAGUGUCGAAUAAACCCCAGCCAGUUGCUCUGCGUGAAUUUUGGUACGUCUUUAUUACGUGAACCUCAGCACUUUUCUUAGUUCUUUGUGUGCUUAGGGUUAGGAUGGGUGUGAGUUGUAACCUAUAAUUGUGAGGCACAAACAUGGCUAAAUGUUAUUUAAUGGAUCAAAGCCUGUUGACAAUUCAAAUGUAUUUUAUAUUUAUUAUGUAAGUAGCUAUGUGACAUGAUUGUUAUAUUACCAAAAUCAUUCCUUCUGUUUAUGAUUCUAGCCUGCACUUGCUUGAAACCAUCUAAGAAUUCACUCACAAGCUUUUGCUGCAUUGACUUUUUCAAAGUGGUAUUUGAUUGGUGCCUUGCUUAUUCCAGGUUAGGCAAUCAUAUCUUCAGCAGUGACGGUACCUUACAUUUUGUUUUGCCUUGUGUUCAAAGGCAUAAGAGAAAUUCAUAAAAUAGUGGCUAAGUGAAUUGAAAGCAAUAGCCAUUUUGGAGAAAACUGUUCAUGUGCCUCUCAAGCUCACCUAUGCUAACAAGUUCUGCUUAGUAUUAAUUUUCUGUAAAGUCUUAUUUCAUUUAUAUUUAUUUAGUUUACCAAAUUGAUGGCUGUCUUGUCAGGUUACACUGUUAAUUUUUAAUGACCACAAUGCAAUAAAGGUGUCUGGCACAAUCAGGAGUACAAAAAGAUGAUUCUCUCCAUGUGUGUGUGUGUGUGUGUCUCUCUCUCUCUCGCUCCUCUCUCCCCCCCCCCCCCCCAAUUGUCUUUGUUUACGUGAAAGGGCAGACAGUGAUUUUAUUACUGACUUUUAAAAGCAGAAACUGUACACAGUAAAACUGUCAAGUUCAUUGUUGGAAGAAGUUAUACUGCUGCUGAACAUAUUAAUUUUCAAAACAAAAUGUUUACAUGCCACAGUGUGCCAAAGUUCAUUCUGUAGAAGAGCUGUGUCCUUUCCAUUUAUAUUAGUCUUGAAAUUUUAAACAACAUUUCCAUCCAUUAGAAAACAGCCUCUUAGUCUUUACAACUCCCCAAAUAAGAAUGGGAUUGGUGGAACAAUUCCACCAAUAUUCAAAUCUUCAAGGAACAUCAUUGGAUUUGUUUUUGUUUUGAAGUAAGUGACUUGUGACUGUGUUAAGUUCUUUCCCCACCCCCAAAAAAAUGUAAAAUUUCUUUUAAUGUCCAAUUCUUGACUGACUUUUGUAAAGAGUAACAUUAAUCUUGUGCACAACGAUGUCACUGUGGAGUAUUGAAAAGAUGACAAGUCUUGUUGAUUUAUAAAUUAACUUCCCCACAUCUUUUCUCACUACAAAGCAUGAUCUUGCUUAGUUUUAUAGAUGUGUUGGAAAGCAUCCUUGAAAAUGAAUCAACUUUAAUAAACUUUAUACCUUUAAA